GUAGGACUUUGGCAUUUAACAGAGGAAAUAUAGUUAUCAAACCGAAUUGCAGUUUGCUGAAAAAAGAAAAGUAGCCUACUUUUGGCACACGAAAGUGGUGUCCUCAGGAGUUGUUGUCCCUGCUGCUGGUUUCCAUGCUGACCCCCAAUCUUUGCUUUACUCUGUCAGAGGUUACCUUCCCUCCCACCCCCGAGUUUGCUUCAGCAGAGCAAGAGCCCCAUGGUCACAGGCGCCAUGGGAACAGUACGAGUCACCAGAUAUAGCAUUGUGUCCACGGACGAGGAAGGCCUCAAAAUCUCCACUCUUGGGCUCCACAACGGCCAAAGCUCCCAGACUCGCCACCAGCACUCCCUGGGCAGGGCAGGAGGAGAAGGAGGUGGAGGCGUUGGGGGUAGAGGCGAAGGUGGAGGGGAGGCGUCCAUCCCGCUGCGAGGGAUGGAGAGCAGCUACAAUGGCAAGAUCUCAACCACGGGGCCCAGCCAACCAAGGAACCGCUUUGUCAAGAAGAAUGGGCAGUGCAAUGUGGUCUUCACUAACAUGGAGGACAAGCCUCGGCGCUACCUGGCUGACAUCUUCACCACAUGCGUGGACAUCCGCUGGAGGUACCUGAUGCUUAUCUUCUCCUCCACAUUCCUGGUGUCCUGGUUUUUCUUUGGGGUGGUGUUCUGGUGGGUGUCCAAGGCCCAUGGAGACUUUGACUCACACCCGGGUCAGGGUCCCAUUCUGGGGGAGGGCGGCGUAGGUGGACCUGGAGGGGUCUCGAGUGAAACAGGCGGAAAGCAGUGGAGGCCAUGUCUCCUUCAUGUGCAGGGUUUUGUGGGAGCCUUCCUGUUCUCCAUUGAGACCCAGACCACCAUAGGUUAUGGUUGGAGGUGCGUGACAGAGGAGUGUCCAGUUGCCGUAGUGACAGUGGUGGUUCAGUCCAUCGUGGGCUGCAUCAUUGAAUCUUUUAUGAUUGGCACCAUCAUGGCCAAAAUGGCGCGACCCAAGAAGAGGGCCCAGACCCUGCUGUUUUCCACCAACGCGGUCAUCGCCCUGCGGGACGGCAAGCUGUGCCUCAUGUGGCGGGUGGGAAACCUACGGAAGAGCCACAUCGUGGAGGCCCACGUCCGUGCCCAGUUCAUCAAGCCCUACGUCACGGCGGAGGGAGAGUACAUCCCCCUGGAACAGACUGACAUGAACGUGGGCUACGACCAGGGCAUAGACAGACUCUUCCUCGUUUCCCCGCUCAUCAUUGUCCACGAAAUUGACGAGGAGAGCCCACUCUACAGCAUGAGUCGGGAUGACCUGGAGAGCAAUGACUUUGAGAUUGUGGUGAUCCUGGAAGGGAUGGUGGAGGCGACCGCCAUGACCACCCAGGCCCGCAGCUCCUACCUUGCCCGGGAGAUCCUCUGGGGUCGCAGGUUUGAGCCUGUGGUCUACGAGGACCGUGACCGCUACCAGGUGGAUUACUCCCGAUUCCACCUGACCUAUGAGGUUCCGUCCAUGCCACACUGCAGCGCCAAGGAGCUCAGCGAAAUGGCCAGCCGGUCCCCCUUUGCCUCCUCCCACUCCUCAUCUCCUGGCAGCCCCAAAACCUCCCAACUCCUCUUACCCCCUCUCUCUCCAAGCGCCUUCUGCUAUGAGAAUGAGGUGGCCUUGUGCAGCAGGGAAGAUGAGGUUGGGGAAAGGGAUGGCAGGGAAGGGGGGAAGAGGACAAUUGUUGCAGUCGAUUUCCAGGAGAGGUUUAAGGAUGAGGCCAACGACAUGCUGUGUGUCUUUGACGUGGACAGCCAGAGGGAGCUCGACAAGCUGCAGACCGCCAUACCUCUUGACCCACUGAACUACAGGGCGGAGUCUGAGAUCUGAGGCUCAACUCCUCCCCUCAAACCCCAUCCCCUUGUCCACAGAGACCCAUCUGAAGGUCUCACUCAAGAAAUGGGCAUUCCUGCUCUUAAUUUGCACUUUAUGCAUGUCUGUGUCCCAAAGCUUUCACCAGUAUUUUCCCUACACUACCUUCUUUCCACAGAACAGAUGUAAAUCAUCUCUCCUACCCUGUACUCUCAGCCUGUCUGACCCUACUUCUGUCCUACUGAUUGGCUCCCGCAGCUCAGCUGUUUCUCUCUGCAGCAGAGAGGUGGGCGUGGCCACUCUACCGCACUCAUCAGGUUUGGUCAUCAUUCAGGUCGUGCCAGUUGCUGUAUUGUGGCUGUAAAUAGGUCAUUGCUGACCGUCAGACCCCAGGGAGAGAAGCACUAUAGAGGCACUAAAUCCUUCCAUACUGACCAAACUGCAGCAUGGUGAAAGAACUCCAAGCUCAGUGAGAUUUGCAACUGAAAUUCUGAGCACAAAUAUGUAGUCAGUGACCAUGUGGGUUCCUUCCUUUCCUCCUGUAUCGCUGUAUCAGUGAUAUUAUGGGAUGUACACAGGGAGCAAUACUCAGUUUUGGCAUUUUUCACUCACCCCAAACAGACAUACGCACAAAGGCUUCUAUUAGUUGGAGAUUUUAAUCACAAACCAGGCCCAGGGCAAGGGUGGGGCAGAGAUUACAAUCGCUGCCCAAAAGUUGCCCAGUGGCCCAAAACUGGACCGGUCCAUCUGGCAGAAUCACUAGACUAUCACUAGACUGCGGAUGUACUGGUGUGGAGGGCGGGAGGGUCCAUGUUCAUGGCCCUUCUGAAGACAGAGGAAAGACUCCGAUAACUACAGUAUCACUGCAUUAGGAUAAGUGGGAGAUGGCUAGGCAGCUAGGCACCCAAAACCACCCCACAGAUUUCAUGGAGACACGACAGAUACAGAUGUACUGUAGUAUUGUCAGCCAAUCUGAAAAAAUCGGACUAUUCUUCAUGUAAAUCAGGACAUGGAUUUAAGACAGACCUUUUUAAGACAUGUUUACAUGUGCAUAUAAACAUACACACAAACACAAAAGGAAAUACAAUCUUUACAACAUUUUCCUUUCAUGAAGGGAAUAAAAAAACUACAAACAUUCUGCAGACAACCUUCAGCUUCAAAUCUUUAACAGAUAAGAGUUAAAAUGGGAUAAAUUUCAGUUUGUUUGAUAAUUAAAAGCAAACAAAAAAUGGCAGCAACAUUUACUUAAGCUAGUAGAUUAUGAAAAUAAUUACAUAGAAAAGGUAUUUUUGACACUACAUGCCAAGAUCAGUUGUCCCAGAAUUCCACCAAUUCCAAAACAUUGUUAGGUAUGUCUAAGGAUUGCCAUUUUUAUUUUUUGUGUCACUUCAUCACAGUCCACCUUCCUGAAAGUGCAGUCCACCUACCUGACAGACAAAGGGAUCCCAGCACCGUUUAGAGACUAAACACAACAACCUAUUUUAGAGCAGGUCAAAUAGACAUUUUGUUCAAAGCUUUUCUGCCUAUUCAAAGCAGUGGCAGUACAAUUUCAGUUUUUGGUUCAAUUUUGAAAAUACAGCACCCAGAACUGGGUGGUGCUAGAGGAUACCUUCAGACCUCCAUAAUGGUUAUUCUCACUUGGUCAUUGACUCCUGUCUGCUUUCCUCCCAGAUGCAAAAGCCGGCCUUCUGAGGAUGAUCUAUGAAUAGAAAGGUGUGUGACUUUUUUACCAAGCUGCAUAACCAAAUUAAACAUGUCUAAUUGCAACUGUAUGUCUUUCCUAAUGUAUGCAUAGUUUACACUGAGUUAAAUAUAAUGAAACCCACAGUCAAAACAAUAACAAACCACUGCACAGUAAAAAUAAUUUCCAUAAAAACAUGGUGAGCGGAGUCUAAGCCCAUGGAAUGUAGUUUGCGCUCAGCUAAAUUUAAUAGGGAUGUGUAAUAUAGGAAUUUAAUAGGACUGCAUUAAAGUACUGUAUGCCUAUCAGGCUUAUUUGUUUGUUUGGUACCAAACUGUAAGUGUCAAAACUGGUCUCUAGGAGUCUCUAGAGGUUUU